GUGUGUGAGAGAGAGAGAGAGAGAGACGAUGGCUGCUGUGCAGACUGAACUGGGCUCCUGGGGUCACUUGUGGGGCAGGGGCGUCCACGUCCACCAGCAGCGGAGAUACAACCCUCUCAUGGACGGUUUGUGGUCUGACUGGACUCCACUACAUGAAGCUGCAUUACAGGGCAGAUUGCUACUUCUGAGGAGAUUACUUUCUCAGGGGUUCAGUGUGUGUGUGAGCACAGCUAAUGGUGUGACUCCACUGCAUGAGGCCUGUGCUGGUGGCCAUUUCAGCUGUGCCAAGACCUUGCUAGAGUAUGGAGCAGAUGCGAGUGCCGUGACCAUUGACGGGGCCACUCCUCUGUAUAACGCGUGCUGCAGUGGAAACCCCGCCCUCGUCAGCCUCAUUCUGAAGCUAGGCCCCGCCCACCACCCGGCGCACCGCCUGGCCUCACCUAUUCAUGAGGCCGCCAAGAGAGGGUACAGCACCUGUGUGGAGCUGCUGCUGGCCCAUGGGGUGAACUCUGAUCUGGAGCUGGACUCUGGGACUCCUCUCUACUCUGCCUGCACAGCUCAGAGAACCGACUGCGUGCACACACUGCUGCUGCUAGGUGCUGAUGUGAAUCGUGGGCGUGGCCUGGACACUCCCCUGCAUGCUGCAGCCAGAGUGGGUGGAGUCAGUGAGGUGGCGCUGCUGCUGGAGCACGGGGCUGAUGGGAAUUGUAGGAACUCAGAGGGCAAGAGAGCCGUGGAGCUGACACCACAGCACAGCCCAGAGAGGCUCCUUCUACAGGCCGCAGGUCCCUGCUCUCUCUCCCAGCUCUCCAGGCUGUGUAUCCGCCGGUCGCUAGGGCGACUCAGACUCAACAAGACACACACACUCUACCUGCCACACACCCUUCACAACUACCUGCUCUACAGAUAACACACACCAUCAGACUCAGAUGUGUGUGUGUGUGUGUGUGUGAGAGCACACACCCGGAAAAAACAAUUAUGCUCUGUGAAUGGAACGCUUCCGCUGUGCAUCCAGUAUAGCCCAGCGAUAACAGACAGCAACACAGACACACACACACACACACACACACACACACACACACACACACACGUCACACACACGUCACACAGACACACAUCAUAUGAAACAGACCGUCCACCACCCACACACAAAUAAUGCAACUGUAUAUUUUCUAUAGAGAAUGUGCACACUGACAGUAUAUAAACAGCCAUACAACAGACUCUCACAAACACCUCUCCAACAGAAUCUAAUACUUGUACAUAAUACAAUAGUAGGCUACAUGUUUUAUGCCACUCUGCCCUCAUUCAUACACACACACACAAUGUAUAUAA